UUAAAUAUGUGUGUUUUGUUUAAAAACUCGAGGUUUCUUUCACACCGGUUGGUUUGAGGAACAUGCUGCGGAAGAGCGUGACUUCUGACCGGCGGAAGUAAAUAGACCCGUUUAAACGAAUGGAGUGGGAUCUCUAUAUCAAUGCGCUCUCUGUUUUUAGAUGCACUAUUUUAUCUUUAUAAAAUAUAUGUUUGUGAUUAGAGGGGAAAAAGGUUGUCCGCACUGUAUUCAUUAUUAUUUAUAGUGAAACUCGAUUGUAGACGUUGAUCGUCGCUCCUCUGAUGCUCCGAUGGAUUUCCCCCGCAGCAGAGACGCGUGUGUCCUGAACACGGAUGAAGCCUCUCUGAUCGAGACGGCGGUCCGGGCGGCGGUCAUGUCCGUCCUGAAGGUCUUCUGCGAGGUCAGUGAGAAGCGAUCGCACCGCUACGAGGUGAAGCUAGCCGCGGCGGAAAGGGAAAACGCAGCGCUCAGGUCCCGCUUAGAAUCAGCCGAGCAGGAGCUCCAGACCCUACACCAGAUCUCUUCUAACUACAACAUCUCAACUGAGGUCACCCUGAGCCACGAUUUCAUCCCUGAACACACACGAGAAACAGUAGAGGAGCCGACAUGCUUCCACAGUGACACCAGCCUGAUGAUUAAACAAGAAGAACAUGUUUCUGAGGACACACUGUGUUCAAAAUCUGAACUGACAGAUGAGACUUUUGCAGAAGAUCAGUGUGAUCAUCCUGUCAUUUAUAAUACUCAGACUAACAAACAGACUCCAGGUGCACAGAUGUGGAACAUGCAGCAACAUCUCCAAACGUUCAGUUCACCAAAAUCCAGCUUGCACCAGAGCAGUGAGAAGUGGAUUCCUGGUGAUGAUCGUAGAGGAAAAUCGAAAAGCAGGGAGUGUGUGAGAAGAUACAGAGAAAGGAUCCGAGCUGACCCUGAAAAGUAUCUCGCCUGGAAGGAAAAGGAGCGCUCGAGGUCUUUCCGCAGGAGAAAAAGAAUCCAGGAUCUCCCCGAACCCAUGCAGAAGCUGCAGAGAGAAGCCUGGAGAGAAGCCACGAGGAGACACCGUGCAAGAAAGAUGGAACAGGCAACCAGCGCUCCCACAGACACGAACCGAACACUAAACCCGUGACGACUACAGCGUUUAUUUAUGCUCCAGUCUGUGGCGUCAAAGUGCCCGAAUGUAUCUGGGAUUAUUUUCCACAAUAAUUGGAGAGUAAAUAAAUGUCACUUAUGCAA